CGGUAACAGCUGUGAUUGUCACGGACAAGGGCGCAGCCACAAGUAAAGAUUUUUUUUAUUCUUCUUUGAACUUUAAACAGAGACAAGCUUUGUCUCAUCGAGCAGUAAGUUUACAAUGUCAGAAUAUGUUAAACCGAACUCUACAAAGCACAGUAAAAUUAAUUAUUUGCUAUUAAAUUAAUUUAAAAUAUAUCGAGGGCAUGAACGUACAGAAUAGGCUUAAUGACAAUAAAGCAGCACUGGUGAAUUUGGAUCAUGUUAUUAUAAACGAAGUAUCACGGUCUGGUUUGAGAAAGAACAAAGUUUUGAUGACACUUAUCGUUACCAACACUUGUUCUUCUCUGUUGGAAGAUAUGAUUUCCUCUUUGAAUUAUAAAAUUGUUUCAACUUCAAGUAUUACCAUGAAAGUUAUCGGAUCGUCUGCCAAUUAUAUUCGCACUAUUUUUCGACUUCUCUGUUUUCACCUACGUUUAGACGAAACGUUUAGAUGGUUGAUAAACUCUAAAUUUACCAAUUCGAGUGGCGUCUGUAGAAUAUUUGUGAGCGAAGCGUUGAGGUUUGUCAUGAAUAAAGUGUACGCUGACUGUGUGAAACUGAAAGUGAAGACAAAAAUCAUUAAGGAGUCAAAGAGCUGUACAAAGAGUAAAGGUCAGGAAAGGUUCAUGAAUACACCGGCCAAAAGAAAUGAGGCCUACAUCCCAACGGAAAUUGAACAUGUUGCCAAUAUUGUGACUCAUGGGCUCUGGGUGUUACCAAGCGUACUAGGGUUGUUUUUCUUGGUGUACCAGUCGUCCAGCAGCCCUGAGUACAUCAGUGCCAUUAUCUACGGGUUAGCCCUUAUUGGUCUGUUCUCUGUGUCAACUGUCUUUCAUUCUGUCUUCUACUCUGGACGCUUUAGACUUUUGAAAGAAAUCUUACACCGAUGUGAUAGAGCCGUGAUCUACAUUUUCAUCGCAGCUUCCUACACCCCCUGGUUAAUGUUGAAAGAUUUGGAGCCUGAAGCCUGGUCGAGUGAACUCUGCUGGUUUGUGUGGGUUAUGGCCAUAUGUGGAAUUGCGUAUCAGAACUUAUUUCAUGAACGAUAUAAAACCUUGGAGACCUGUUUCUACCUGAUCAUGGGGAUUAUUCCUGCUGCUGCCGUCAUGCACAUGGUAUAGUAGAAAUUCAAGUAUAACAUUCGUAAAGUUUUGAUCAUUUUUAUAAAAACAGAAGCGGCCAUUGUGG